AUGGAACUUUUAAUUUUCGUUCUCGUUGUCAUUGGUGUUAGCCAGGCAUGCGCACCAGCACCACACCCUAUAUAUGUUGGAAGAGGGACCCGAUACGGCGGAAUGUCAGUUUUAGUCACCGAUGCUGUAUUUGAUCCAGCUAAAAUCAACGAGUACAUGGGCUAUUGGCCAAAAACACUGAUUCCAGAGUACGCCAACCUGCUCGGUGAUCUCACAAAGCACUCCUGGACAAAUCACAACGGCAAAUUUGCCUAUACGUUCACCAUUGAGAAUUCUGAUUGUUACAAGGUAUUGCGCGCACGGUGCCAGCAACAGCUUUCCUAG